AAGUAAAAGAUGGAGGACAACAGGAAAAUUCUAAUACUGUAUGGAAGCCAGACAGGAACAGCACAGGAUGUGGCAGAGAGGUUUGCUCGUGAGGCCAAACGCCGUUUAUUGUCUACCAGAGUUAUGGCCCUUGACGAUUAUAAUGUUGCAAACCUAAUCACUGAAGAGCUAGUAUUGUUUGUAUGUGCCACAACAGGACAGGGGGAUCCCCCAGACAAUAUGAAGGUUUUUUGGAGAUUUAUACUGAGGAAAAACCUGCCAACCAAUUCACUGACAAAGAUGAAGUUUGCUGUGUUAGGUCUGGGAGAUUCAUCUUAUCAAAAAUUUAAUUUUAUAGCAAAGAAGUUAUAUAGGCGUCUUGUCCAGCUGGGAGCAGAGAGUAUACAGCCAGUAGGAUUAGCUGAUGACCAACAUGAUUUAGGGGCAGAUGCAGUUAUUUAUCCUUGGAUGAAGGAUCUUUGGGAACAUGUUCUAAACAUUUACCCUUUACAUCCAGGUCAAGAAAUAAUUCCAGCUGAUGUCAAACCUCCUCCCAGAUAUAGUGUGAGCUUUGGUCAUGAUGUGGAAGAUCUCCGUGCUGUUUCUCCAAAUCUCUCCAAUGGUAUAUCUCAGUAUGACAGGAAUCAUCCAUUUCAUGCUUCACUAAUUAGCAACGAGCGAAUUACCGCAUCAGAUCAUUGGCAGGAUGUACGACUGAUUCGCCUGGACAUACAGGGCUCAGGAAUCAAAUACAGACCUGGUGAUGUAGUGAUGAUUCAGCCCCAGAAUUCAGCAGAAUCAGUGGAAGAGUUCCUAACGCUGAUGAAGUUAGACCCCCAGCAGAAAUUUACCUUACAGCACAACGACCCUAAUGUUCCUCUUCCCUCUCAGUUGCCCAAUCCUUGCUCUAUAGGAUAUCUAGUCCAACAUUACUUAGAUAUCAACUCAGUUCCCAGACGUUCUUUCUUUGAGUUCAUGGCUCUGUUCUCCAGCAAUGAUCUGGAAAAAGAAAAACUUCAUGAGUUCUGUACUCCAGAAGGGCAGGAAGAGCUUUAUUCCUAUUGUAACAGGGUGAAAAGAUCCAUAUUGGAGGUUUUGCAGGACUUUCCACACACCAGCAAUUGUCUCCCUUUUGAAUACCUCUUUGAUAUUAUCCCACAACUUCAGCCUCGGGCAUUCUCUAUUGCCUCCUCACAAGCUGUUUUUCCCAACGAGAUUCAAAUAUUGAUGGCAGUUGUGGAAUAUAAGACCAGACUGCAGAAGCCAAGGAGAGGGGUGUGUUCAACUUGGCUUUCAAGGUUAAAGGUCACAGACAAGCCCACCAUUCCAGUUUGGGUCAACAGAGGGACUAUAGCAUUCCCCAGAGAGGCUAAUACACCUGUAAUUAUGGUUGGACCAGGCACUGGGGUUGCUCCCUUCAGAAAUUUUCUACAAGAGAGGUCAACCACACCAUCUUCUAGGAAUGUUCUUUUCUUUGGGUGUAGAAAUCAUGAUAAAGAUUUUCUCUGCAAGGCAGAGUGGAAUGAGGCAGUUAUAAAGGGCUAUUUGGAAUUAUUCACUGCCUUCUCCAGAGACCAGGAAGAAAAAAUAUAUGUCCAGCAUGUAAUGAUGGAGAAAGGGCCGUUACUCUGGAAACUGCUUGAAGAGGAUAAUGCUUGGUUUUUUAUUGCUGGAAAUGCUAAACAAAUGCCAGAUGAUGUAAGAUCAGCUCUACUCAGCAUCAUACAACAGCAAGGUCACAUGACCAGUGAUAAAGCCGAUACUUACAUCCACCAUUUGGAGCAGACUCGGAGAUACCAGGCCGAGACCUGGAGCUGACAACUGUGAUCGUAGUAAUAAAAUCUCAGUUUAAAUCUCA